UUAAGCCAUCUUAUUAUUUGCCCAAAAAUAUUGUCCCCGAACAGUCUGCAUCCACCGAGAGCCGAGAGAGGAAGACGCCUAUCAAAGCUGAGCUGCGAAGAGUCCAUUUUGAUCGUCUCUCUCGGUGUCUGACCUCUUUUCCUGCCGCCCACUACGAUAUGCUAUUCCUAAUAUUUCAGUUGUAGUUCUUGGAAAAUAUUUUCAAAUCUUGUAAACACAUUGGGAGAAAUCGAUCGAACAAACUUGAUAACCGAAGAACUAUUAAGUGUAAGCUCCAAUUGAGCUGAUUGAUUUAAGAAUUUGGAGUUUCCACUUGAGACCAGAAACUCUACUGACAUGAGGGUAAACUUUGUCAACAAAUAACAAAAGAUGAUGGGCGCGGCUGUAUGGCUUGUAAACUCAUUUGCUCGUCUUGCUUCACCUCCAAAAUCCAGAAGUUUACAGCUUUUCCGAUUCCCGCGUCCUUGGUCUUCAAUUUGUUUAAGUAUUAUACUUGUUCAUCGCCUCUUGGCCUUGAUAAUUGCGUUGAGGUCGAUGACCUCUCCCAGUUGUACUACUCAAACUCGUUCCUCGCAUCCAUUAUUGAUAAUUCUAUCCACAAGGGACACCUGAAUCAAGUCCACGGCCAGUUGGUUGUCUCUGGAUUGCAACAUAAUGGGUUUCUCAUGACCAAACUGGUUAAUAGAAGCUCAAAUAUUGGACAAAUUGGUUAUGCAUGUAAGCUGUUCGAUAAAUUUUGUAACCCUAAUGUGUUUAUGUGGAAUGCUAUUAUUAGGGCUUAUUCGAAGCACAAAAUGUUUCAGGAUGCCAUAGUAAUGUAUAGAUGGAUGAGGUGGACGAGAGUAGAUCCGGAUUGUUAUACUUUUCCUUAUGUGCUAAAGGCUUGUACUGAAUUGUCAGAUUUUGGUUUGAGUAGGCUAAUUCAUGGUCAGAUUUUCAGGCAUGGGCUUGGGUUGGACGGUUUUGUGCAGAAUGGCCUUGUAGCAUUGUAUGCCAAAUGUGGUCACAUUGAUCGUGCAAGAGUGGUUUUUGAUGGAUUACAUGAUAGAACCAUUGUUUCAUGGACUUCCAUUAUUUCUGGGUAUGCACAGAAUGGGAAAGCUAUGGAAGCAUUGAGAAUGUUCGAUAAGUUGAGAAAAACUGGUCUGAGACCAGAUUGGAUUGCUCUGGUAAGCAUUCUAAGGGCUUACUCUGAUGUAGAAGACUUGGAGCAAGGAAAAUCUAUGCAUGGUUGUGUCAUCAAAAUGGGUCUUCAGGAUGAGCCUGAUUUGCUUAUCUCACUGACUGCUCUGUAUGCAAAAUGUGGGCAGGUGACAGUUGCAAGAUAUUUUUUUAAUCAAAUGGAGAUGAUACCGAAUGUGAUCAUUUGGAAUGCAAUGAUUUCAGGCUAUGCAAAGAAUGGUCAUGGUGAGGAAGCAUUACAGCUAUUUCGUGAUCUUAUUGCAAGAAGUAUUAAACCAGACUCUGUCACUGUGAUGUCUACAGUCUUAGCUUGUGCUCAAGUCGGUUCCCUUGAAUUGGCACAAUGGAUGGAUGACUACGUCAGCAAGAGUGAACAUAGAAGUGAUGUUUUUGUUAACACAGCCCUCAUUGAUAUGUAUGCAAAAUGUGGAAGUGUAGAAUCUGCUCGUGGGGUAUUUGAUCGCAUUUCUGAUAAGGAUGUUGUAGUAUGGAGUGCCAUGAUCGUAGGAUAUGGAUUACAUGGUCGUGCUCAGGAGGCCAUUGAUCUUUGCCAUGCAAUGAAGCAAGCAGGCGUGUACCCAAAUGAUGUUACCUUCAUUGGGCUUCUCACAGCAUGCAAUCAUUCUGGCCUAGUAAAAGAGGGGUGGGAACUGUUCCAUUGCAUGAGAGACUAUGGAAUUGAGCCCCGCCAUGAGCAUUAUGCUUGUGUAGUUGAUCUCCUCGGACGUGCAGGUUAUGUAGAUCGAGCUUGUAAUUUUAUCUUGAAAAUGCCUGUUGAUCCUGGUGUAAGUGUGUGGGGUGCACUUCUUAGUGCUUGCAAGAUCCAUCGCCAUGUGACCUUAGGAGAAUAUGCUGCAGAGAAACUAUUCUCAUUGGAUCCAUGCAAUAUAGGACACUAUGUGCAACUCUCAAAUCUCUAUGCUUCCGCCCGGCUGUGGGAUCAUGUUGCAAAUGUUCGUGUGCUAAUGAGGGAAAAAGGUUUGAGCAAGGACCUAGGUUACAGUUUUAUUGAAAUCAAUGGAAAGCUAGAAGUGUUUAGUGUAGGGGACAAAUCGCAUCCAAGAGCUGAGGAAAUUUUUAAUGAGCUUCAGAAGUUGGAGAGAAGACUGAAGGAAGUUGGAUUCGUCCCACAUACAGAAUCAGUUUUGCAUGAUUUGAAUUAUGAAGAGAAGGAAGAGAAUCUCUGUUAUCAUAGUGAGAGAAUAGCAAUAGCAUACGGGCUCAUUAGUACUGCUCCUGGAACUACACUUAGAAUAACAAAGAACCUUCGAGCGUGUGUGAACUGUCAUUCAGCGACAAAGCUUAUAUCAAAACUUGUCAACAGGGAGAUAAUUGUUAGGGAUGCAAAGCGGUUUCAUCAUUUUAAGAAUGGAACCUGUUCAUGUGGAGACUAUUGGUGAAUGGCUUGAUCUAGACCUAUUUCCACAUAGGUAGCUCAGGCUGAUACUGUUCCUCACUCCAUUCCAUGCAUUUGGUUGCACUGAAAAUAUAGGACCCCGAAAAUUCAUAUUCUUGCAAUGUCACCGUCCUUUGUGUUUACCUGAAAAAUGAUGUAUCUUGGUUCUGUUUAUGACAGGUUCCAAAGUGAUUGAGAAAAUGGACCUCAGGUUCCAGUUAAUGUCAUUUUUUGGUCUUCAUUUCCCUUGAUAUUAACCUUGAAUUGACUCUAAUGGAGUUUGUUAGAUCAAACCCAAACCUGUGAAGAGCACUAUAUGAUUAAAGAAAAAGCUUAGAUGUCAUUUUGGUUGAGUAGCUGCUGUGGCCUCGGUGCUUGAUAGAUUAAACGAUGUGUCUCAUGUACCAGGUGAAACGAGAGAGAGAGAGAGAGAUCGGUUGUGCUAUUGACUUUAUCAUUAAAACUAUCUCAGAUGCUUUUGUUUUGGAAUCUCUUUUACAAAUUGCUCACCACACUUAUA